AUGGCGGAAAGUGAAGAGGAUGCGUCUGUAUUAAACUAUUAUGGAUCAUCACUUUUCCAAAGCGAAGAAAGCGAGAUGGCGAUGGAUUCAUCGCUUGAAGAGUCAGAUGAAUCUAGCGAGGUAAAUGACUGCUUUUUCGUAUAAAUAUUUGAAACUAAUUUGCCAAAAUAGACAACAACUGAUAAAUAUAAUUUGUAUAUUUUACAGUCGAUCGCCCCACCUGCAGUGAAUUGCUCAUGUAAAUCACAGUGUAUGCACAAACUGAAAACCACUGCAAGUGGAAAAAUAACUGGCUGUGUUUGUAAAGGUAACAGAGUUUUGUGUGGAGAAAACUGCUCUUGUGGUACCAAUAGUAAACCAUGUCAGAGUAAGGUAAGGUACUUGUGCAGCUGUGCCUUUCAUGACUAUUUUAUAUAGAGAAAAUAAUUGUUUUCUUCUUGCUGCAGGCACAACCUCGGAAUCAAACAGGCAGAGACACAGUAGCACCACAAAGCGAAACAAAUGAGCAGAGUGAAGUGUCAGUCGAGGUAAUUUGCAUGAUAUUUGCAAUUAUCGCGUUCCGAAUAUUUUAAUGUUUUUUGAGGAAGAUGAAUAAACUAUAAACUGAAACAAGCCAUAGGGUGUAGGCUAUAUAAUCCAUUAAAAUGUGGUUGCAAUAAAGAGUUUCCAUGUGUUUCUUUGUUGGAGUUUAUAUUGCCCCAGGGCUUUCAGAAUUAUUCAGAGUAGGUGUCUGUUUUGAUAUGUAACUAUUAAAAUGUGGGUGCAAUAAAGAGUUUCCAUGUGUUUCUUUGUCGGAGUUUAUAUUGCCCUUUCAGGGCUUUCAGAAUUAUUCAGAGUAGGUGUCUGUUUUGAUAAAGUAGGUGGCUGUGGGGAUAUAAAAAAGAAUUGAUAGCUUACUAAAACUUUGUGACACCUUCUGGUUAUUUUGAAAGCCCUGCCUGUUUAAGUUUUUACAAUUAUUUGCUCUACCAUCUGUUAUUUAGGAAAUGACUGAUGGGUUGGACAGAGAGACCCUAGUAAAAGUGGCAAAGGAGGGUUUUAUGUCCCGACCACUAGUGUUAAAAGACUUGAUUGCCAAAGUUACAGCAGGUCCAGAGGAACCCCAACAAUCAAGCGAGACAUCUGAGGUACAGUUCUGUGUUUGUGGGUAUUGCCGCGAGAUGCCAACAGACAAAGAGAGGGUAUGCUGUAAAGAAAGGCAUUCCAAAACAUUUGCCUAG